GUGACCUCUAACCCCUGCAGGUGUGCCAACAUGGCGUCUGGAAGAACUUGGAAAACACUGAAAAAUUUCUGCACGACUUUUAGCGAGUUUUUCCCGAGAUAGCCUCUUCAAAAACAGAGCGGCAUCAAAGCUACAGUUUUCCAGCGCUGUCCGGGAUAAAUUCUGAGAGAAAGUGGAGCUAAAAUGAGGAGAACAACGCGGAAAUUUCUGACUUACGUGAUAGGAGUCGGGUUGUUCGUGUUGGUAGUCACACAAUUCGUCCGGUACCGGCAAGAAAGAGUUGCUGCUUCGCGCCGAAAACACAGAGAAUCUAUGCUCCAUCAGGAGGAGAAGAAACUGUUCCCUAAACACCAAAAAGGUCUGGAGCUGGCAGAAAACCUGGACAGGAUAGACUGGCACGACCAUGCUGUCAUCAAACGGGACCAGCAAAGAACGGGUCCGGGUGAACAGGGCAAACCUGCUGACCUGACAGCUGAGGAGAGAGGUCCACACGCCUACGAGGAAUGUGGCUUCAACAUCAAGGCCAGUAACAAGAUCUCAUUGGACAGGGCUAUACCAGACAUCAGGCAUCCAAACUGUGCAUCUAAGAAGUACGUAAGAGACCUGCCGGAUGUAAGCUUGGUGAUCCCGUUCCACAACGAGGGCUGGACAACACUGCUGCGUACGGUCCACAGCGUGCUGAACCGCUCGCCAGAACAACUCAUCCACGAGAUCAUUCUGGUGGACGACUUCAGUGACAGGAGCCACCUUGGGAAGGACUUAGAAGACUAUGUGGCAAAGCUGAGCCCCAAGGUCAGAGUGGUCCGCACCAAGCAGCGGGAGGGGCUGAUUCGCACACGGUUGCUAGGCGCCCAGGUCGCCAAGGGACAGGUCCUCAUUUUCCUGGACUCUCACUGUGAGGCCAACGUCAACUGGCUGCCACCGCUGCUAGAACCCAUUGCCCUGAACAAGAAGACGAUCGUUUGUCCAAACAUCGACGUCAUCGACAAGGAUGACUUCCACUACGAGACCCAGGCGGGGGACGCCAUGCGUGGUGCAUUUGACUGGGAGAUGUACUACAAGAGGAUUCCUAUCCCUGAUGAAAUCAAGAACCCAGAUCCAAGCGACCCAUUCGAGUCACCUGUUAUGGCAGGGGGGUUGUUUGCCGUGGACAGGGAGUACUUUGAGGAACUAGGGGGGUAUGACCCUGGACUGGACAUUUGGGGAGGGGAACAGUACGAACUGUCGUUUAAGGUGUGGCAGUGUGGUGGGAGGAUGGUGGAUGCCCCAUGCUCCAGAGUAGGGCAUGUCUACAGGAAGUUUGUACCCUACAAAGUGCCGGCUGGAGUCAACCUGGGAAAGAACUUGAAGAGGGUUGCGGAGGUUUGGAUGGAUGAAUACAAGGAGCACCUGUACAAACGGAGGCCGCACCUGCGACAGACCAACAUGGGAGACAUCUCUGGCCAGCUGCAGCUGCGGGAGAGGUUAAAGUGUAAACCCUUCAAGUGGUUCAUGAAGGUGGUGGCACCUGACAUCAUCCUACACUAUCCACCUGUGGAACCUGAACCUGCUGCAUCCGGAGAGAUUCGGAACAAGGCCUCAAAUUUGUGCAUUGACAGUAAGCAUGGCGGAGGGCAGGCUGAGGUGCGACUAGACCAGUGUGUGAAGGGUGGCGGAAUUAUGAACGGAGAACAGAAUUUCCACAUGAGCUGGCACAACGACAUCCGUCCCAAGGGGCGCACGUUCUGUUUCGAUGCCCAGAUGAAGGGAGGGACACUCAUCCUGUUCGCCUGUCAUCAGAUGUUGGGAAACCAGCACUGGCUGUACUAUGAGGAGAAACAGCAGCUGCUCCAUAAGGUGACAGGCAGCUGUCUGGAGGGGAACAGUGACAGCAAGAGCCUGUUCCUGAGCGAGUGUAACCACAAGAACCCCAUGCAGCAGUGGUCCUGGGAGAAAACCAACUCUACCUACCUCCACAUGAUGAACACUGGCAAGUGUAUCAACACACCUGAGUGUUGAAAACAUGUGUUAAACAUAUGUAUUUAGACACCUAAGUGUUAACUACAAUUGUGUCAACACACCUGAACAUUAAACACAUGUGUCAAAACACCUGAGUGUUAACCACAUGUGUCAAGACACCCAAGUGUUGCAAACAUGUGUUAAGUUACACAUUUGAGCACUAAAAACAUGUGUGUUAAACAUGUGUUGAAACACCUACAUUUGAGCGUUAACCACAUUUGUCAACUCACCUGAGUGUUAAACACAUGUGUUAAAACACCAGAGUGUUAAACACAUGUAUUAACACACCUGGGUAUUAAACAAUUUUUUUUUUUGUUAAAGACACCUUUUAGUGUUAAGCAUAUGUGUUGAGACACCUUAGUGUUGAGCACAUGUGUCAACACAUCUGAUAGAAAAUAUACAUGUGUCAACAUACCUGAGUGCGAAACACAUGUAUCAACAGACCUUAGUGUUCAACACCUACGUACAAUAACACCUCAUUUCUUACCAAUAAGUCAUAAUUAUUGUAACUUAAUAACAGAACCAUGAAGAGUGACAGUAUCCCUGUUCUGAAUUGAUUGAAAGGAACUUAGAUCAGAACAAACUUGAGUGGGUUUUUUGCAAAUUCAUAAAAAUGUUGAGGAAAAUAUUAUUAUGCAUAUUUUCAUAAGGAGAGAAAAGAUCUGGUAUACAUUCAGUCUGACCUCAGCUUACCUAUUCCUUAACCUCUGUAUGGAUACAUUCAGACUGAUAGAAAACAAUUAAAAAACCUUAUGCUGCAGUAUUUAGAAGUGGACCAAGGAUUUUGACAGAAAUAUGAGUUUGAUAAAUUGAAUUGAUAAAUUGUACUUCGUAUAUCUGAAUCAGUUGUAAUUUUAUUAUGUACAGGAUAUGUCGAUCUCUACAUUUUUUAGAUUUGAUAAGAGAUAGGCCACUGAAAUAGGCACUUUACAGAACUGAACUUAUCAGUAUUAUGUAAUAAUUAUUGAAUUAUGGCAGUCAUCUUGAUAAGACUGAGUACUCGAUUGUACACAGGAUUGGACCUGGCCCUAUUGUCCAGGGCAAGUGAAAGUGCUGAUCGGCCAAUUGUAUGACCUACCCAAUGGUAGGAUUUGUCCAUUAAGUGAGAUUUCGAUAUACCUGAAUGUUACAUUUUACAGUCAAGACAUCAAGCAAUGGCUAACAUAGAAAAAUAGAGGCAAUAAUAUUAAUUCCAUUUUGCUGGAUGUGAAAAUGCCUAUAAAAGUGACAUUCGGAAUUUUAGGCUAGAAAAAAUUGGUUUGGGCAUUGUUUUAUGUGCCUACCCGAUAGGACAAGUGAAAUUUAGAAAACUUGUCUAACCCUGGUACAGUGACCACAAAGGGAAAUGUUUACACAGAUGUAGUAAAGUGAUAGGGAGAAUGAUUUUUAUGUAGCAUCCAAAUUGGUUUAUAGUUUAUUGUUGAGAGGAGGAAGUAGAUGGCAGAAGAUAGAACAAAAUCUUUGCUGCAGUGAUUUUAAGUUUGAUGUUGAGAGGCUACAAUUUUGGUGUCCCAAUGACAUCACUCUGAAAAACUUGAUGAAAUUUUUUUGAAUGAUCACACAAUUGAAUGUGAUAUUCAUUUAUUCAAAUUGGAACUUCAGAGAUAAUUUUCUCAUCUUAAUGAUAAUGCAAACUUUUUAAUAUGACAAAAUGCUGUAAUAAGAUUGUGUGACUUAGUUUGAGAAAUGUGAGACUUGAUGCAUAUGUAUAGUUCAUAGAGAACGAUGUACACACUGUAUAUUAGGCUCAGAUACUUGUAUAGGCCCUUGUACAGAUAGAUGGUAGGAGUUCUGCAUUUUGUAGUGACCAAAACAUUGACAGUUUUACAGUAUCAGACUCUUGUAUAGUAACUGUUGUAGUCUGGUAAAAAGUCGAACUAUUACCGUAAUGUCAGACUCAAAUGGAAAAUUUGAUGGCAUGGAACUUUCUUUUUUCUUUUCAAGUUUUUAGUUUGUUUACAAAUACUUCAGUUAAAUCAUACCCAAAUGGAUAGAGUUAUGUUGUGUUUAGAAUGUGAGAACAACUUGCUUUGACAGUUGGAGGCUGUGAUAGGGGUUUCAGGUAUAAGGACUCCCCAUUAACAGCCUCACAACAACUACUUGUAAAGCUCUAAGAAUUGUUCUUAAUUACAAACAGCAUACAAUUUAUUUAGGUUUUGAACUGAAACAGUUUGACACUUGGGUAGCAACCCCUUCUCAUGUUAAGUGGUUCAUUUCUUUCUAUGUUUUCUUUUUGGUCACAACAUUAUAGAGGAACUGUGAUAUUGUGAUAUUAUUAUCAAGUCAAGAUUAGAGAAGAACGUGUGCAAUGACAUGAACAAGUUAAAAAAAAACCUUGUCAGUUGUAACGUUUAAAAAUACACAAUUUUACCGAUGGCAUAUUCUGGUUGUGUGAGUGCACGUAUAUACCAGGGUAUACAAAAUAAAUUUUAGAGUAAUAUUUAAAGAAGCCUUCAAUAGUAUGUACAUGUAGCGAGGUACUGAUAUAUCUUAUUUUUUUCUUCUUUUUUUUGCGGAGGGGUCAUUUGUGUCAUAUAUGUUCUAUGAUGAAAGGUUAUGAUAUUUGCUUCAAUUAGACUUCAUAGCAAACUUUUUAAACUUUAAAGCUGCAAUUUGUAAGGAGAAUUAUCGAUGCAAUAUUUUAGAACAGUUUUGCAGACAAGCCAGACUCAAAAUACGAGAAACUUAUUAAAACAUUUAGUACUUAGUUUCUUUUCAGGAGUUGUGUACUACCAUUCCUUCUCUGACUUAGCUCUUUUGAGAGUUUCCUGUAGCAUAGAUAUUAACCAAGCACUACCUGUAUUAUUGAUGUAAAUUUAAAUCAUUUUAGGAAUUGAGAUGUGUAAUUUAUUGGAAAUAAGUAUGCUCAAUUAAAGUUCAGUCUUGC